CCUCCUCCGAAGUGAAUGCAUUUCUCUUAUUUUAUUGGUCUAUAACAAGCACGGGGCAGUGGGGCGAGUGGGUCGGGAGGUCACCACGUUAACUUUGAACCCGUGAACAUGUCUUCCAUCGGUACUCUGAAGGGACUUGUUGGCCUUGUUACUGGUGCAGCAUCAGGUUUGGGACGAGCCACAGCAGAGAGAUUUGUUCAGCAAGGUGCCAGGGUAGUUCUCUGUGACUUGCCUUCAUCCAGUGGAGCAGAUGUUGCCAAAGGACUAGGUGAUGCAUGCGUCUUUGCACCAACAGAUGUUACAUCAGAGGCAGAUGUUAAGAAGGCGCUAGAAAUUGCCAAGGAAAAAUUUGGACGCCUGGAUGUUGCUGUCAACUGUGCUGGUAUUGGUGUUGCCUUCAAGGUGUACAAUUUCAACAAAGAAAGACCACAUUCAUUAGAAGAAUUUAGUCGUGUGAUUCAGGUGAAUACCAUCGGAACAUUUAAUGUGAUACGAUUGGCUGUAGGACUGAUUGGGAAGAAUAGCCCCACAGCUGAUGGACAGCGGGGUGUUGUCAUCAAUACAGCCAGUGUGGCAGCAUUUGAUGGCCAGAUGGGCCAGGCAGCUUAUUCAGCCAGCAGAGCCAUUGUUGGAAUGACGCUGCCACUUGCUCGAGAUCUUGCAAGCCAGGGAAUUCGAGUUUGCACAAUAGCUCCAGGUCUUUUUGACACACCACUGCUUGCUAGCCUUCCAGAGAAGGUUCGGUUAUUUCUGGCAAGUACGAUACCUUUCCCAAGUCGCCUCGGCAAUCCUGGUGAAUAUGCUCACUUGGUACAAACUAUUGUUGAGAAUCCACUGUUGAAUGGUGAAGUGAUUCGGCUAGAUGGAGCCCUACGAAUGAUGCCAUAGCAUUUAAAAAUGUUUCCGACGGAGACAAUUAGAGGACAGUUUUAUUGGAAUAAUAAAAGAAUGUGCUAACAUUGUCAUGGAGUAUGCUUGUGCAGAUGUUCAUUUGGGGCAAGUAAACUAUUGAGUUUUUUAAAUUUUCUGAUUGAUAUUUGUAAAAAUCUGAGACAUUAAGAAUGUCACUUGGAAAUUGGAAGCCUUACAAAAAAUUAACUCACUUUUGUCUAAUGUUAAUUUUACAUAAUGAAGGAAUGAAAUUUUGAUAUUUUUGCUUUUUGUGUUUGUUCUUGAAAGACUAUUUUAUUCUUGUCUAAACUGUAGACUUGGUGAAGUAAAACUGACAAAGAAACAUUUUGCUCAUACUCCUGUUCUUUCAGUGACUGUACAAGACUGGAAUUUUAUUUAGCUAUAUCUCGAUGCAUUGCUUUAGACCAAACCUUUAAUGUAUUUGAAAGCAUAUGUCGAUGUUGAUAAAAGCGUUAACAUUUUUGUAAAUUGAUUUUUACUUCAUAAAUAUACAUUACGACUCAUGUACUAGCCAAUGUGUGCACAUGGUUAUGCAAUAAAAGAAAGCAUAAAAGGAAA